AACGUCCACCGUUCGUGGUUUGUGAAAAGCACAAUGCCAAGGGACAGCAGAUCAUACAGAAAAAGGUCUCGAUCAAGAAGUGGUUCAAGAGAAAGAAAACGCUACAGGAGUAGGUCCAAGAGCACAGAUCGAUCAAGAAGAUCAAGGUCAAGAGACAGAUUAAGACGAUCAAGGUCAAGAGAACGAGAUAGGGAUAGGUCAAAGAGAUCAAGAUCCCGUGACCGUGACAGACGAAGAUCAAGGGAAAGAAGACGUUCGAGGAGUCGGGACAGAGAUAGGAGAAGGAGAUCAAGGUCACGGGAUAGGGACAGAGAUCGGAGAUCGCGCUCAAGAGAUCGAAAGAGGGAUAAAAGGUCACGAUCAAAAACACCUGAGAAAUCCAAAACAAAAGGGGAUUCAUCACCGGAAAGAAAAUUGCAAUUUAGAGAAGGAGAAUUAAGUGUGAGGGAUGAACCACUUGACAAGGAAGAGGAGCAGAAAAGGCUUGAGAUGGAAAUGCAAAAACGAAGAGAAAGAAUUGAGCACUGGAGAGCUGAAAGAAAAAAGAAUAAAGAGCUAGCCCCAAUAAAUAUAGCCCCUCCCACAAAGAUUUGGAGUUUAGAAGAUGAUGAUGAUGAUGACGACAUUGUUGAUGAUGGGUCAAAAGAUGAUGAUGAUGAGCUAGACCCUUUAGAUGCCUAUAUGCAGAAUAUUGAGGAGAAAUCCAACAAAGAGAAGGAACAGAAAUCUGGCAUUAAAUCGGAAAAUGGUUCAAGUACAGAUACAACUUCUGCUUUGGGAAAAGUGACCAUGAUUACAGGUGUUGUGAAGACUAAAACUGAUACAUCACUACAGAAAGGAGAAUUGAUGUUAAACAACGUGGAUGCCAUGGAGUAUUCCUCAGAAGAGGAAGAAGAGGAUUUAGAUUCCACCAUGGCAAAAAUUAAAAACAGUAAAAAGGAACUACUGGUCGUGGACCACACAAGAAUAUAUUAUGCUCCAUUUCGCAAAGAUUUUUAUGUAGAAGUUCCGGAAAUACGAAAGAUGACAACAGAAGAGGUGGAUGCCUACAGGAUCGAACUGGAAGACAUUAAAGUUCGGGGUAAAAACUGUCCUAAACCAAUUAAAUCCUGGGCGCAAUGUGGAUGCAGCAAAAAGAUCAUGGAUGCUUUCAAGAGACAUGAUUAUGACAAGCCAACACCAAUCCAGGCACAAGCCAUCCCGGCCAUUAUGAGUGGAAAGGACUUAAUUGGGAUAGCUAAAACAGGCAGUGGUAAAACUCUGGCUUUUCUGAUCCCAAUGUUCCGUCAUAUCAAGGACCAGCCGGAACUUGAUGAGGAUGAUGGGCCUAUAGCGGUGGUGAUGACCCCUACCAGGGAACUGGCCAUGCAGAUCACUAUAGAAUGUAAGAAGUUUGCCAAACCUCUGGGCCUUCGUGCUGUUUGUGUAUAUGGGGGAACUGGAAUAUCAGAACAGAUUGCUGAACUCAAGCGUGGCUGCGAGAUCAUUGUGUGCACCCCAGGCCGCAUGAUUGACAUGUUAUCAGCCAAUAAUGGUAGAGUAACAAACCUUCGACGAUGCACAUACAUUGUGUUGGAUGAAGCUGACCGAAUGUUUGACAUGGGUUUUGAACCUCAGGUGAUGAAAAUAGUUGACAAUAUUCGUCCUGAUCGUCAGACAGUAAUGUUCUCCGCCACCUUUCCGAGGCAGAUGGAGGCUCUUGCCAGAAAGAUCCUUACCAAGCCGAUUGAGGUCCAAGUGGGUGGGCGCAGUGUGGUGUGUAAAGAUGUGGAACAGCAUGUUAUUGUGAUUGAUGAGGACAAGAAGUUCCUGAAGUUACUGGAGCUGCUGGGUAUCUACCAGGAGAAGGGCAGUGUGCUGGUGUUCGUAGACAAACAGGAGCAUGCAGAUGAUUUGAUGAAGGAUCUGAUGAAACACUCGUAUCCGUGCCUGUCCCUGCAUGGUGCUAUUGACCAGUACGAUCGUGACAGCACAAUCAGUGACUUUAAAAGUGGAAACAUUAGUCUUCUGGUGGCAACGUCUGUGGCUGCACGAGGUCUGGAUGUACGACAUCUGAUACUGGUGGUGAAUUAUGACUGUACCAAUCACUAUGAGGACUACGUACAUAGAUGUGGUCGAACAGGAAGGGCAGGUAACAGAGGGUUUGCAUACACUUUCAUCACUCCAGAGCAGGAGCGUUACGCUGGAGACAUUCUGAAGGCGCUUGAGAUGUCAGGAGCUAGUGUACCUGCUGACCUUGAACGACUGUGGAAUGAUUACAAGGAAAGAGCCAAGGCUGAGGGUCGAACAGUGAAAAGCUCUAGUGGAUUCAAGGGUAAAGGAUUCAAGUUUGAUGAAACUGAGGCCCAUUUAGCAGACGAGAGGAAGAAGGCACAGAAGGCAGCACUUGGUCUCCAGGAUUCUGAUGAUGAGGAUGCCAGUUUGGACAUUGACCAGCAGAUUGAGGACAUGUUUGCCAGCGUUAAACGAGUCACUGAUGUUGCUAAGCCAAUAGUACCUACCCAGACCCCACAACCACAGAUAGUGGCACCAACUGUCUCCAACCAACAAAAGCUGGAGCUGGCUAAACGUCUGGCUGCCAAGAUCAACAUGCAGAAGAAGAUUGGGCCUGAUGCUCAGGACAUCACCCAGCAGGCUGCCAAGUCCAUCCUUACUGGAGAUGGAGCCGCACCACAAGUGGCUUCAAAGACAAUAGCAGAACAAAUGGCAGAGAAGAUUAAUGCCAAGCUUGGCUACCGACCACAGACAGAGGAUGAGGAUGGUGCGGACAGCAAUGCCGAGACAUUUAAGCGUUACGAGGAGGAACUCGAAAUCAACGACUUCCCACAGACAGCACGUUGGAAGGUCACAUCAAAGGAGGCCCUGGCCCAGAUAUGUGAGUACUCAGAGGCAGGAAUCACAGUAAGAGGGACAUAUUUCUUGCCUGGUAAAGAGGUGAAGGAAGGCGAGAGGAAACUUUAUCUAGCUAUAGAGGCUACUAGCGACAUGGCCAUACAGAAAGCCAAGAAGGAGAUUACACGUCUCAUCAAGGAGGAGCUCAUUAGAUUGCAAACAUCGUACCAACCAUUAAACAAGGGACGCUACAAGGUGGUAUAGACACCAUUAAACAAGGGACUCUGCGAGCUGGUACAGACACCAUUACACAAGGGAUGCUACAAUGUAGCAUAGACAAUACAGCUGAUGAAUUGUUUUUAACAUCUGUAAUAAUAUGUCCGGUCUGUUGUAGAUGGUAAUACUUGUUGCAUGGUUUGACUAUUUAAGGAAAGUGAUAUGCAUAGCACUUUUCAUCUUAGAAAACGAGUAUAAGAUACCAAUAUGUACUGAUUCAAAGACCUGACUUUAUACUAAUUUUUGCGAGGAUAUACCUCUUUUUAAACAGAUCAAUCUUCCUUGAAAUUUAAAUGAAGCCUUAAUGGCCUAUAAAGUAAUGUUUGAUGGAUUUUGGUGUAGACUCUUUAUUGAAUAUGCUGUUGUCAAUAAAGUAUUUUAUCACUA